AUGUGGGAGCCUCACAAGGCACGCCAGCGAAGAGACUCGCCCGCAAAGGCAUCACAACCACAACAGCAAAAUAACACUGUUUCGACUUCGAACACGGACACAACAAUGACGUCUGAAAAGGCGACAUCAAUUCAAUCACCAUUAUCGCCACCAGGUUCACCACCUUCUUCAUCUUUAAACUCGCAAUUUCAACCCCAAUCAAUCGACGUCCUUACCUCUCAACUUGGUAGUUCAUCACUCAGCCAAUACCACCGCGAAUCUUCACUUUCAACAACACGCCUACCAGAAUCCGCUCUCUCGCCUAUUUCAUUACCUGACGACGAUUGCGUCAAUGUUUCUUCGAUACUCACCCACCACAAUUCGAGGUCGAUGGAAAUUGAUGCCGACAAUCACAGCAAUAUGCCGACUUCACAAAAUGCGUCCACUUCAGAGAAACAAACAAUCUCCACGGACUCCAUGAGCAUGCCUUUCGCUUCCUUUGAGCCCAUUGCCGUCGACCCCACCGCGCUCGCCGAAGCUCCAGGAACUAUCACAAGGUCUAUGUAUAGACCCAACGCCUUUGGCGGGUUCGAAGUGGACGAGGGAUACUGCGAAGAUGAAGAUGACUUCUCUUGGCUUCCAUCAGCUGGGUCAUUAAGGGCGGCCAGCACGCCAGACGGUAUCAAGAAGCGUUAUGAUCUCGGAUACAGGAGAUCGGUUGAUGCCGCUAGCCGCUGUCGCAACACCAUCCACAGUGUACCACGGAUGCGACGACGUGAUAAGAAGAGGAGCAAACACUCUCAAUCGGGCGCAAGCUCUAUACGAGGUCGAUCCGAUUCUCAAGCAUCAUCAGUGAUUAUUUCGGCACAAUAG